AGGGCAGAAAAUACGCAAGAGGAACUCCGAGAAUUCCAGGAGGGAAGCCGAGAAUAUGAAGCUGAAUUGGAGACGCAGCUGCAACAAAUUGAAACCAGGAACAGAGACCUCCUGUCCGAAAAUAACCGCCUUCGCAUGGAGCUGGAAACCAUCAAGGAGAAGUUUGAAGUGCAGCACUCUGAAGGCUACCGGCAGAUCUCAGCCUUGGAGGAUGACCUCGCACAGACCAAAGCCAUUAAAGACCAAUUGCAGAAAUACAUCAGAGAGCUGGAGCAAGCUAAUGACGACCUGGAACGAGCCAAGCGCGCCACGAUCAUGUCUCUCGAAGACUUUGAGCAGCGCUUGAAUCAGGCCAUUGAAAGAAACGCCUUCUUGGAAAGUGAACUUGAUGAAAAAGAGAAUCUCCUGGAAUCUGUUCAGAGACUGAAGGAUGAAGCCAGAGAUUUGCGGCAGGAACUGGCCGUGCAGCAGAAGCAGGAGAAACCCAGGACCCCCAUGCCCAGCUCAGUGGAAGCUGAGAGGACAGACACAGCUGUGCAGGCCACGGGCUCUGUGCCGUCCACGCCCAUCGCUCACCGAGGACCCAGCUCGAGUUUAAACACACCCGGGAGCUUCAGACGUGGCCUGGACGACUCCACCGGGGGAACUCCCCUCACGCCUGCGGCCCGGAUAUCAGCCCUCAACAUCGUGGGAGACCUACUGCGGAAAGUUGGGGCACUGGAGUCCAAACUCGCUUCCUGCCGGAACCUCGUGUACGAUCAGUCCCCAAACCGAACAGGUGGCCCAGCCUCUGGGCGGAGCAGCAAGAACAGAGAUGGUGGUGAGAGACGGCCGAGCAGCAGCAGCGUGCCGUUGGGCGAUAAGGGGUUGGGGAAGCGCCUGGAAUUUGGGAAGCCGCCUUCACACAUGUCUUCAUCGCCGCUGCCGUCAGCCCAGGGGGUAGUCAAGAUGUUGCUUUAGGAAAACCACGGAAGCUGAAGCUCUUGGUGUCGGUGCGAGUCGUUCCCUUUUGCCGUCUUUUUUACACUAGGUUUUAUUUUAAGUUAGUUUGAGAAAUAAGAGCAGUCUCCAUAGUUCGCUUUGCGGCCCAAGCCAAUGACUGAGGCCAUCACCUGUGCUCUGGGGUUUGUCCCUGGGAAAUGUCUCCUCAUCCCUGCCUGCCACUGUGUGCAUUGCAAAGAGGGACAAAUGGGGCUCUCUGGGAAGGGCUCUAAGGUGUUGGUGAUGAGGCUACCCUGUUGUUUCUGUUUUUGAGAUAGAGUCUCACUCUGUCGCCCAGGCUGGAGUGCAGUGGCAUGAUCUCAGCUCACUGCAGCCUCCGCCUCCUGGGUUCAAACCGUUCUUGUGCCUGAGUCUUCCAGGUAGCUAGGAUUUACAGGCACCCACCACCAGGCCUGGCUAAAUUUUUUGUAUUUUUAGUAGAGACGGGAUUUUGCCAUGUUGCCUAGGGUGGUCUUGAACUCCUGGCCUCAAGUGAUCCUCCCACCUCGGGCUCCCAGAGUGCUAGGAUUUCAAGCGUGAACCGUUGCUCCCAUACCCCAUCAUGUUGAGCUAAGCCAAGCAGAGUCCUGAUUGGUCUUUAUUUUUUUCUUACUCUUUUGAGACAGUCAUGCUCUUGCCUUGUCUCGUCCAGGCUGGAGUGCAGUGGUGCGAUUUCGGCUCAUUGCAGCUUCUGCCUCCCAGGUUCAAGCGAUUCUCCUAUCUCAGCCUCCUGAGUAGCUGGGACUACAGGAAUGUGCCACUACACCUGCUAAUUU